UUAGGUAAUGGAAAAGGUUCUUUAGAGCUUUAUCCUUUGUAGAGUGCUGUUCAACCUGCUAAGUCAUGAAGAGUUAGUAACGAGACAGGCACGGUCUGGUGGUGGUGGUGGUGGUGAGGCGUGCUCUCGGGUAGUUAAACUGCUACUACACUCAUUCUAAUGUCUGUAGCGGCUUGUAAAGGCGGGGGCUUGGCAACGGAAGCAGGGAUGAUACACGGGAGAGUUUGGCGAGUGGUGGAUGGGAUGGCAGUGGUGCGGUACGGCCCCUUGGCACGCUGCCCUGAGCCCUCGGAGGGGCACGCCGUAUAGUCACUUACAGUGCUACCAGUGAUUCGCGGCUGCUCCAUGUGGCAGUGUUGAGUGCCGAGUGGUGCUCCGUCUGGUGUUAAAGAGAUGGGGAAGUGAUGGUGAGUGGUGCUCCUGCCCACAGUGUGGAAAGUAGGGCAUCUGAGGCUCCACGUGUUGAAUAAUCAGUUAAUGGAACCAUGAAUAUAGUGAAACUGCAAACCUUCCAUCUUAUUGUAAGAGAGAGAUAGAAAAAAAAAAAAAACUUAUACGGGAUUUCCAAAAGCUGUGCCGGGUCUUCACGGAAAAAUGUCCUGAAAGUGAUUGAGUGAAGAAUGAAAACGCUCGUUGCUUCGCAAGAUCAUAGCGCCAGUCGAUACUCAGCCUGAUAUUUUUUGCACCGUUAACGAUGUGGUGGUGGGUGUGGUUGGUGAGUGUGGCGGCGGGAGCGGGGAGUGGUGUCCAGGGGUCGCUUCCUCCCUCCAGGAGGUUCAACAUCGGGGGUGUUCUUCAUGACAACGACACGGAGCUCCACUUCACGAAUGCACUCAAGAACAUCAACUUCGACGGUGUCUCCGUGGCUGACCAGACCACGCUGUACGACGUGACGCUGGUACACCGCGGCAGCCCCAUCGCGGCGGCUCUGCACGUGUGUCAGACGGUGAUCGCCCAGGCGGUGUUCGCUGUGGUCGUGGCGAGUUCUUCAGAUGACUCGGUGACGACAGCCUCGGUCUCCUACACCUGCGGCUUCUACCACAUCCCGGUUAUCUGCACACACUCCAGGGACUACAUCUUCUCCGACAAGAACAUCCACGUGUCUCUGCUGCGCACGGUGCCACCCUAUAGCCACCAGGCGGACGUGUGGGUGAGGCUCUUGAAGCUGCUGGGGUACAGGCAGGUCAUCGUGCUGCACUCGACGGACACGGACGGCCGCGCACUCCUCGCCCGCUUCCAGUCCGCCGCCAGACAUAGCGACAACGAGAAGGGAGUCAAGGUGGUAACUGUGAUGGAGUUUUCUCCCGGCCAGGAAUCCUUUGUGAAAGAGCUGACCACCAUCCGCGAGGAGCUGGUGAAGGUCGUCCUGCUUUACGCCAGCGAGGAAGACGCAGAGAUAAUUUUCCACGACGCCAGCUACCUCAACAUGACGAAUGAGAACUACGUGUGGCUGGUGACCGAGCAAGCCCUACGCGCCCGUCUCGUCCCUGUGGGUGCCCUGGGCCUGCAGCUCAAGUACGCCGACGACUACAACGCCCACAUCAUCGACAGUUUGCGAGUGGUGGCCCUGGCACUGCGUCGUCUGCACGAGGCACACGAGGUCAUCCCGGAGCCGCCAAUCAGUUGCGACGACGAGAACAGCUGGGAUGAGACCGGGCGUGAGCUGUUCAGCCUGAUACGGGGGCAAGUAUUGACGGACGGAAGCACGGGGAAGGUGGCAUUUGACGAGCACGGGGAUCGAACCCACGCUGAGUACUCCGUUGUGAACGUGCAGGAACGGCGACAGGACCACCUCGCCUACAGGAUGCCACAGGUCGUCGGGGAGUUCCUUUACGAUGCGGCGAGCGACGAGAUGGUGAUGCAGCUUAACAAGUCCAGCAUCAGGUGGGCGGGAGGACUGACCGAGGCACCCCCUGGCUACUUCCUUCCCAGGCAUCUCAAGGUGCUCACUAUCCGCGAGACGCCCUUCGUGUACGCCGAGGCAGUGAAGGACGAGUCGCAGUGCUCUCUCCACGACGAGGUGUUCUGCCCCAUGCUCACAGGGAAGGAAGGAGAGACGCGUCCGAUGUGCUGCUGGGGUUUCUGCAUCGACUUGCUCCUCACACUGGCUGAAAAGAACGCCUUCAGCUUCAGCCUGUUCCUCGCCCCUGACGGCCAGUACGGGGACCUGGUCGAGGGGCCUGACGGAAGGAACUGGACGGGCAUGAUCGGGCACCUGGCGGGGGACGGGGACGCGGACAUGGCCGUGGCGCCUCUCACCAUCAACCCUCAGCGCUCCCAGGACAUUCACCUCACCAAGCCCUUCAAGUACCAGGGCAUCACCAUCCUCGUCAAGCGGGCCCCCGUCGUGCCCGCGCUGGUGUCGAUCCUGCAGCCUUUCCGAGGGACGCUGUGGCUGCUGCUGAUGGCUACCGUGCAUGUCAUUGCAAUCCUCAUCUGGCUCCUGGACCGCCUCAGCCCCGUCUACAGCGAAGACAAGCAGGAGGGCGAGAGCGAGGCCAUGGCCAUCUCGGAGUCCUUCUGGUUCUCGUGGUCUGUCAUCCUCAAUAGCGGUCUCUCGGAAGGGACGCCGCGUGGCCUGAGUGGGAGGGUCCUUGGCAUCAUCUGGAGCGGCUUCACGAUGAUCAUGGUGGCCUCCUACACAGCUAACCUGGCGGCCUUCCUGGUGCUGGACACGCCCGAGACACCCAUCUCAGGCAUCAACGAUCCCCGGCUUCGGAACCCUGUGGAGAACUUCAGCUUCGCCACGGUGCGCGGGUCUGCGGUGGACAUGUUCUUCCGCCGCAAGACUGAGUGGGCGAACAUGUACCGCGUGAUGGAGGCACAUGACUACCGCACCGUGGACGAGGCGGUGCAGGCGGUGCGCGACGGGCGGCUCCAGGCGUUCAUCUGGGAGAGCUCGAGGCUGGAGUACGAGGCGUCCAUGGACUGCAGCCUGGUGACGGUCGGAGAGCUGUUUGGGCGCUCCGGGUAUGGCAUCGGCCUGAAGAAGGAGUCCCCGUGGUCAGAGAAAAUCACGCUGGACAUCCUGGACCUUCACGAGCGAGGAUACAUGGAGGACUUGGACAAGAAGUGGAUAUGGAAUGAGGGAGAGUCGUGUAACGUGAGCGAUCAGGAAUUCUCUAAGCGCCUGGGACUCAAGAACCUGGAGGGCAUCUUCAUCCUGGUGGCGGGUGGCGUGCUGAGUGGCAUCCCGCUCAUCGUGAUGGAGCUGAUCUACCACCGCUGCAGGAGGCGCUACGAGGCAGCCAGGAGUGACGGGAGCAGCCAGCAGCAGAGGGGCAGUAACUGCCAGGUCAGCGAGGACAGGGAGGGACGAGGAUGCUGCGAAGGCGAGGGAGACGAUAGUUUGAGAAAUCCUUUACUCGCAAAGAAAACAACUGCAGUAGAGAAUAAUGUUGCUGCUAAGCCCCGCAGCAGCCCGGGGCGAGGCGCCACACUGGCAAACUGUGUUACGGACGGCGGUAUCGGGAUAGGGCGGCACCGCUACCCACAUUCCCACGCCCACCAGUGGGACAGCGAGGAGGUGCUGCAGGAGGUGGAGGAGCGACUCUUGGCCAGCCCGCACAUCCCCGAGGAGUGGUGGAUCCUCGCGCCGCCCACCUGCCCCCACUACCGCGACGCCCCUGACCCGUGUUACCUGGAGGAGCCCUGCCACGCCCCCUGUCCCACCCCCUGCCCCGCUCCCUGCCUUGCUGACUGCGAUGGCCCAGUCUGCCUCGACCCUCGGUGCGUGGAGAACCCGGCUAGCAGUGGUAAUGAAGACUGCACACAGUUCCACGUGGACGUUGACCUGCACGUGGCGGAAGCGGGCGUGGAGGCGGGCGAGGCGUGUGUGUUUGGAGGGUGCGAAUGUAAUUCCUCGGGCACUUCCCCAGCGACGCCAGCAGCAGCAGGAGAAGGCAGCAAUGUGUCACGUCCUCCCCACAAGGUUUCUUUAACUACACCAGGAGAACGAAAACAAUAGAGGAGUUGAGGCGCUUGUUUAACCCACACUGAGCUGCUUCGCCGCCUGUCCUUCAAGACUUAUUAACAAACUACAUACGUUAAGUUGGUUGAAGCUUCUGUCCUUACGGCUUCACUCUUCCCUCUUUCCUAAGCCAAUGCUUUAAAUGUCCAUGCUUCUUGACCUGGCUGUGUGCAUUUUACCCAGCUUCUGAAGAGCAUCGGCUGGUGGACUAGAACACUGGGAACUGGCAGGCAACAGCUAGCUAUCUUUGAACAGUUGUUAAUGAAGUAACGAGGCUUCUGUGUUUAUCCAGUGUCUGUGUAUUCGCUGCUCUGUGUAUAAAUAAGAUGCCAUCCAAUCGAAGACACGUGUGUGGAAAGUGCUUAGUGUUCACCGCUUUGUGUUGGUUGGGUGACGUGUGUGAUGCUGGCGCUGUGUUCGUUACAUUGUUUGCGUUGUCGAGAGUUUAGUCUUUGCAAGGGAGAAAGAGGGUGAUUAUUGGAACACCGGAGUGUGGUGAUCUUUCCAGCUACACUCAAGUGGUCGCCUUUGAACGUCUGUCCUUCCAUCGCCAUCCAUCUACACCCAUGUCCAAGUGGGUUAUCUUGUUUUCUGAAGGUGUUGGCGAAAAGACAACUGUUAACCAGCAAUGUGAGUCAGUAGGCAGAAGAGUGAUCCACGACUAAUAUGUGACGGGUGCAAAUCAAGACGGAAUGUAAAACUCGACAGAGAAAUUGUUGUAUCCUGAGCGACAGAGAGCAGCAGUGUUCUGGUAAAGACCCCACUACUACACAGCACCGAAUCUCCACUACUACACAACGCUUAGCUCCCACCACUACACAACACCGAGCAUCAAAAACUGUUGUGAAUGUUAGAGAAGAGUGAACUGGUUAAUAAGAGGAGCAUCUAAGAAGUGAUGCAAAGCGACAGAGUACAAGAAGCUGUGUCGGUUUACUACCGUUGCUCCUCACGGCCACCUUCAGACAGGACCUGUUGGAAGCCACAGAGGGAAAUCUAUCCAAGAUCCAGUUGGUCAGGACGAGUCGGUAGUAGCAGUGUCACUCUAGCUCCUCUGCGGCCUCAGUCCUGCCCGUCCCGACGCUUGCCUCGCUAUAAUCGCCACUGCCAGUACUGUCUCGAGUUAU